UUCAAAUAGUCACGGAUAGAUCUACACGUCAAGUUUGUACAACAGUCAUAUAUCCUUUACUUUCUUCUUUAAAAGAAUACCAAUAAAACGUUGCUUCAAGAUGCUGGCAGCAGAUAAUUUCAGAUAUAAAGGAGUACCGUUUCCAAAAAAAUCACACUCUGAAGAGUCUAUUGAUUUUGCAGAAAAUGUCUUCCCAGUAUUGGAUGAUGAUAUUUUUAAUAUAACAUAUCCUAAAUCAGGUACUAACUGGAUGAUAGAGAUAUUGAAUUUGAUCAAGAACAAAGGAGACAUUACUUUGAGUAACCAAGUGCCAAUUUAUAUGAGAUCACCAUGGUAUGAAUCAAUAGGCAGUAACGAGCAAAUUCAAACCCUAACGCGUCCUAGGAUAAUCUCCUCACAUCUACCAAUCCAAAUUUUUGCAAAAUCGUUCUUCAACUCAAAAGCAAAAGUUAUCUACACAAUGAGGAAUCCCAAGGAUAUCUUUGUAUCGAAUUACCAUUUUGCCAAAAUAAUCAGUUUGUUUAAACAACCUGAAAGUCUCCAAAGCUGCCUAGAAGAAUUUCUGCAAGGAAACGUUAUAUAUGGCUCUUGGUUCGAUCAUGUUAAAGGAUGGUUGCAAAUGAAAGAUGAUGAUCGCUUCUUCUUUAUCACAUAUGAGGAACUUCUUCAGGACCUUCGAGGUUGUGUGGUGAGAAUCUGUAAGUUUUUAGGACAAGAGUUAGAUGAUGAAGCUAUCGACUUAGUUGUGAAACAUUCGACAUUCAAAUCAAUGAAGGAGAACAAGAUGUCCAACUGGACUACGAUGCCUGAUGAUGUCAUGGACCAUUCUAAAGGUUCUUUUAUGCGCAAAGGAGUCUCCGGAGACUGGAAGAAUCACUUCACUGUAGCCCAAAGUGAAUAUUUUGAUAAGAUUUAUCAAGAGAAAAUGAGAGAUUUUAACUUUAAAUUUUUUUGGGAAGAAAACUGAAGUAAAUCCUUCAAUUAUAGUAACAUUGACAUACAUUUCAACUACACCGUUGACCAAGGAGGAUUAAAUAUUUUUCAACAUCUGCCAAAACACUCAGCUCUAUAUUUUUGCCCACAUCUUCAUAGAAUGCAAUUACGUUACUCAUAAAACCACUUUGACCAUUAUGAUUGGACACAAUGUAUCCUUGAAUAUUGCCCAUUUACAAUCUUUUGGAAAAUUUCUCUACCACAGAUGUCAAGCUUGCCUGGUUGAGAUUUUGAAAACUUUUUGGAAUAUUGGUACUAUUUUUGGCAUGAC